UUGGAGAGAAACGCGGCGGGCGGCUGGAACUCCGACCGAGCGGCCGAAGAUGGCUUGAGCCGGGGACGUCUGAACGACUCUGUCCCCAAGAUCCAAAAAGGCUCAUUAUGGUUAAAGGAAAAGCGGUAUUUUAUAGCAUUCCCAACUCAGUCAGCCUCUGAGUUGAGAGUAAAACUCUCACCAAAAACACCAUGGCAAACGUCAAAGUUGCCAUUCGGGUCCGUCCUCUCAACUCCAGGGAGAGCACUGAUGGAGGAAGGCUUGCAGUUCAGGUGGAGGAUAAAUUAGUGAGGAUCCGAAACAUGAAGUUGGAUAGCCGUAUAGAAGGGGCUGUGGAUUCCAGGGAGAAGCUUUUGGAGUUCUGUUUUGACUACUGCUACUGGUCUGUGGACCCUGCAGACCCAAACUAUGCUUCACAGGAGGAGGUGUUCCAGGACCUGGGUGUGUCAGUUCUGUCCGGAGCAUCCGAGGGCUACAAUGUGUGCCUAUUCGCUUAUGGCCAAACAGGAUCUGGGAAGACAUACACCAUGAUGGGGACUCCGGACUCUAUUGGGCUAACUCCCCGUAUUUGCCAGGGUCUCUUUCGAGCGGAACAUGCUUUUCCUGAUCAGCAGAACUCAAGCAGAGUGGAAAUAAGCUUUCUGGAAAUCUAUAAUGAGCGCGUCAGAGAUUUGUUGAGAGGAGGAGAACAGAAGAAGAGGACAUCCUUGAGAGUCAGAGAACAUCCAGAGAAAGGGCCAUAUGUACAAGACCUGUCACAGCAUGUGGUCUCAGACUGCAAACAGGCUCUGGAUCUCCUGGAGGAAGGCAUUGCCAACCGCAUAACCGCAGCGACUCACAACCACGAUGCCAGCAGUAGAUCCCACGCCAUCUUCACCAUUCAGUACACCCAGGCAAUCCUAGAAAAUAACCUUCCCUCAGAAACUGUCAGCAAGAUUAACUUGGUGGACUUGGCUGGGAGCGAGAGAGCAGAUCCCCACUACUGCAGGGACAGACUGACAGAAGGCUCCAACAUCAACAAAUCGCUGGUGACUUUGGGAAUCGUCAUCUCUGCUCUUGCCCAGAACUCCCACAUGUCAAGCAGCUGUCAGAGUAUCAAUAGUGUGGCCUCCGAGGGUGACAGCAGCACAGUGGGAAGCCACAGCAGCUCUCUCUCUGGAGGCGGAGGUGGAAGAAGGCACUGCUUCAUUCCCUACCGAGACUCAGUCCUGACCUGGCUAUUGAAGGACAGUCUGGGUGGCAACUCAAAGACGAUCAUGAUCGCAACGGUCUCCCCAUCUGCUAACAGCUACAACGAGACCCUGAGCACCCUGCGCUAUGCUGCCCACGCCAGGAAUAUUGUCAACAAACCACGGGUCAAUGAGGAUGUAAAUGUUCGACUAAUAAGAGAACUGCGGGAGGAGAUUGACAGGCUGAAGAGCAUGCUGCUCAGCUUUGAAAUGCAGCGGAAUCCCAGUCCGUCCCUCAGUGACGAGAGGGAUGGAAACCUUUCUGAAAUUGUGCUACAGAAUGAACUAAAGGUGGAGCAGCUGACAAAGGACUGGUCAGAAAGCUGGAGAGACAAGAAGGAGCUGCUAGAGCAGUAUGGUGUGGACAUCAACAGAGACCGAGCCAGUUUCCUCAUCAACUCCCUUCAGCCACACCUGGUCGCCCUGGAUAGAGACGUUCUCAGCACAGGAGUUGUCUUUUAUCACCUAAGGGAAGGCAUUACCUACAUUGGACCUCAGGACCAUUUUGAUGAACCUCAAAUAGUCCUGCAGGGCAGCGCCAGCUGUGAGAUUGAAAACCACGGGGGUGUGGUAACGCUCAGACCGCUGCCAGGCUGCAUCUGCCUGCUCAAUGACAGAGAGGUCAUCGAGCCCUGCAGACUUGCUCAAGGGACAGUGAUUACUUUGGGAGGAGUGCAUAAGUUCCGCUUCAACCACCCAGCAGAGGCAGCAGUCCUCCGGGAGCGCAGACGGACCAGUGAGGGUGGCAUGACCUGCAGCUAUAUUGAUUUUUGCCGUCUCACUCCCGACAACAGUGUCAAAGAAUUGAAGCUCCCAGAGCAGCUGGGCGACUGUUUCUCCAGCACAGAGGAGCCUACUGUCAGGGAACGUGUAGAGGAGCAGAAGCACUUUGUGGAAAGAUUAAGACAGGAGAUCCAAGCUGAACAGAGACAGGCCGAGAGAGAGCUGGAAAGGGAGCAGGCUUACCUCCGUCAGCAGCACACAGAAAUCCAGCAGUGGAUUCUGCAGGAGAAACAUCGCUUGUCAUUUGUAGAGCAAAAAGUCACCCGCGAGUCUGGAGUUCAAGCAGACCUCCUGCCUGCACCCCUUCUGGAGAAGCUGACAAGUCAGGUGUUCAGGGACCAGGGAGAGGUUAGUGUGGAGAGACCAUCCCUGGUGGUUAGGGCCAGGAAGAAGGCAGUGCAAGAUGAGCUGCUGAAGCAUCACUCCCUUUGCCGUGCUGAAAGCCGCAUUCGUCGCAAAAAGCUGCACUACCAACUGAGGAGAAUCGCCAACAAGAGGCAUCUAUUGGAUGCUAAGAGAGCCUUACAGCAGCUGGAAAAAUCGCUUCCUUCUGGAGCAGACAGUCCGGAGUCCCCAGAGUUGCAAUCUCCCUCACAUCUCAAAGAAAGCCCAUUUGGUCCUCGUAGGCACUCCUUUUCAGCAGAUCUCUUGUCCCGGCUCUAUCCACAGCAUACGCCUAUCUUCAAAAAACCACCUCCAGUUGUGAAGGGAGGACGAGUGCUCAGGCCUCUUGGGAGGAUAGCAGGGAAUUUCUUCUGGAGACAAAGGGGAGAGAAGAGUCUUAAAGAUAAAAUAAUGAGUCAAAGCAAAGCUGUCAUCAAAACUGCUGUCUCAUGUGAGGAGCUGGAUCAGAGGACCAUGACUGAGAGUGUGAGACAGAGGAGGCGGCAUAGCACAGGGGCUUUGAUGAGCAAGACCAGCAGAUGGAUAGACAGACAGCAGGCUUUACUUGGAUGGGAAGAGAACCAAGAGGACAGGGAUGAAGGAACGUCAGACUGUGAAAGCCUUUUCUCUCUCGACUCUCUGUCCUCUGCUUACGCGACAGCCCUAGCAGAGCGGCUGCGGAGCGAGGACACAGCCCUGAGUGAAACAGAGAGCGAAGACAGUGAGAUGUCUAAAGAUUCACUGACUACGGAGAACACUAUGAAAUUCUCAAAAGUGCACAGAGGCGACAGCGUGGAAGAUAUUUGGCCAGAUGGCAACAACAACACGAGUGGCUCAAACCAGGAACAGUGGGCCAAGGAACCCAACAGCCUUGGACUUGAUUUUAAAUUCAGAACUGAGUCUGGGGAUUUUUGCGCCGAUUCCUACAAUCCGUCCCCAGUCAGUGAGGAGAGAACCCCACUUAAAGAGGAUGAUGUUAUAUCUGUGGUGCCCAGCGAGUGCAACACAGAUGUCCUUGUCAACAUGGAACCUUCCAUCAGUGUGCUUCCACGUCAAGACCAGCAGACAGUCCCAGAGGAUCUGCCCAUGCACAACAAAUUCUUCAACUGGUCAGGCGUCAAUCAGCAAUCAAAAAGUUUAAACAAAGUGAGGACAUUGCUGCGGGGUGGUCUCAGACACUGUGUGGAGUGGGGUGAGGUGGAGAGUGCUGCAGAAGCUGCCUCACAGUGCGGCAGAAGAGCAGAGGAGAUCACGAAGCUGCGCCAGGAGAGAGAGCAGGUGAUGGCGGCGUUUAACCUCAGCUCUAACCCGACUCCUCUGACCGUGGAGCUCACAGAAGCCAAGCUCCAUUAUGGGCUGGGGGAGACGGACGCUCUGUUGAAGAUGCUGUCCCCUAGGACCAAAGAGGAGCAGCAACCCCCGACCUCUGCUCCUACCAAAAAGCAGCUGUACGAUAGACACCGUCGGAGUAUUGAGGGUUUGAGGCAGGAGAGGGAGGAGCGCCUCCAGACUUAUCGGCGAGCUCGUAGCCUGAGUCCCAGCAAACAUCCCCGCUCCUCACCUCAAGAGGCCGUUUCCUCCGCUAAGGGCUCCGCUGCUCUGCCCAGUCGGCGCAUCGAGUACCUCCAGCGGCUCCGUCAAGAGGUGAUUGACAGCACCAGAUUACCAGACCCUCAGAGAGAAGAAGGGCAGUAUCCAUCUGACAUCGAGCAGCUGCUGCGGGACUAUGGCCGAGCUCGGGAAGAAGCCAGGACAGAGAUCGCAAAGGCCCGAGAACGGCUGCGAGAGAGGACAGAAUUAGAGAAGAAGAGGCUGCAGCAGCAGGCCCUAUCUCAGGAAAUGAAGCGCACUGCCUCCUUUGGCUCUUCCAUGUCCAUAUCUGCAUCCUACCAGGACAUCACGUCUGGUCUCCUCAGUCAAGCUCUGGCUGAGGUCCGACUUGCUUCUUUUGGGGAUUUGGGCAACCUGGUGAUGGGCAAAGCCACAGCGGGCUGGAGGUACCAAGGAGAAGAACGAGGAACUCAGGCAUACUACAAGUCUUCUUCCUGCCCAUCUGUUCACUGCUUUCUGGGGGUUGGAGAGCUGGAUAGACCAUUGGAUAGCUUAUGGAACACCAUCUGCCAGAUGUCCAAGGCCCACAUGUAUAAUCAGUCAGUACGUUCUGUGUGGACCCGACCACUAGAUGACAGCACACAGCUGGUUUACAUACUAACAGAUCCGUCCGCCUGCCACCUCAGCCAGCCCCGGGAUUUCUGCUGCAUCAGCACUAAGUCCAAACAGGGUGGCCUGUGUGUGCUGUCGAUGCAGUCUGUGUUUGAGGAGUCUCUGCCUCGCCCCAGCGUGGACGCCAUCAGAGGAGAGAUGAUGCCCAGUUGCUGGAUCCUUCAGCCAGUUACACGAAGCGGGCAGGAAGUCACCAGAGUCAUAUAUAUGCUACAGCGACUUGUCUCCAUGCCCCUCAAACGGAGCCGCGUGCUCUAUCACCCUGAACCCGUCUCAGCUCAUUUGUUGCUGUUGGAGUUUGCCGGCCUGGCAGAGUCGGUCCUCAGGAAGAUUAGAAGCGUGGGCGAUACUUUUGCAUGCGUCCGACUCGUUGUGGAUACCAUCUUCUGCCCCAUCCGUUCCCUUCCCUUUUUCACCAGGAGCACCUGAGGACGCGGGCCGCCGUCCCCUCACCCGCCUGCCAAUCUGGCCACCGCCAUGACUUCCACCACCGAUUUUGACAAUGUGGAGAUCACGGAGCAGUACAGCUACAUCAACACCCGCUUUGAGCUCUCUGAUGAGGAACUGGACAACGACAACAGCUCUGCGCGGCGGUUCGAGCGCUCGCGCAUCAAAGCCCUCGCAGAUGAGCGCGAGGCAGUUCAAAAGAAGACCUUUACUAAAUGGGUCAACUCAAUCCUUUCCCGAGUGGGCUGUCGCAUCUCUGACCUCUACCUGGACCUGCGGGAUGGACGUAUGCUCAUUAAACUGUUGGAAGUGCUGUCUGGAGAACGACUGCCCAAACCUACUAAAGGCAGAAUGCGUAUCCACUGUUUGGAAAAUGUGGACAAAGCCCUGCAGUUUCUCAAAGAGCAGAGGGUCCACCUGGAGAACAUGGGAUCACAUGACAUCGUCGACGGCAACCAUCGCCUCAUCCUUGGACUCAUUUGGACCAUCAUCCUUCGUUUCCAGAUCCAGGACAUUAUUGUGGAAACGGGCCAGGAGGACCAGAAGGAGACCCGCUCAGCUAAAGAUGCUCUUCUUCUGUGGUGUCAGAUGAAAACUGCAGGGUACCCUAAUGUCAACAUCACAAACUUCACCACCAGCUGGAAAGACGGAAUGGCUUUCAACGCUCUCAUUCACAAACACCGGCCCGAUCUGGUGGACUACGAGAAACUAAAGAGAUCCAAUCCGACCCACAAUCUCCAGAACGCCUUCAACGUGGCGGAGCAGAAGCUUGGUGUGACAAAACUCUUGGACCCAGAAGACGUGUUCACAGAGAACCCAGAUGAGAAGUCCAUCAUUACAUAUGUUGUGGCGUUUUACCACUACUUCUCAAAGAUGAAGCAGCUCGCUGUUGAGGGAAAGAGAGUCGGAAAGGUUUUGGACCAUGCCAUUGAGACAGAGCAGAUGAUUGAUAAGUAUGAGACGCUGGCGUCAGACCUGCUGACGUGGAUCGAGCAAACCAUUAUUGUUCUGAACAACCGGAAACUAGCCAACUCUCUGACUGGAGUUCAGCAGCAACUUCAGGCAUUCAACACCUACCGCACAGUAGAGAAGCCCCCCAAAUUCCAGGAAAAAGGAAAUCUAGAGGUGCUGCUCUUCACCAUCCAGAGUCGCAUGAGGGCCAACAACCAGAGGGUUUACACGCCUAAAGAGGGAGCUCUAGUUUCAGACAUCAACAGGGCCUGGGAGCGCCUGGAAAGGGCGGAGCACGAGCGGGAACGUGUCCUGAGAGACGAGCUGAUCCGGCAGCAGAAGCUGGAACAGAUGGCACGGAGGUUUGACAGGAAGGCGGCCAUGAGGGAGACCUGGCUCCUGGAGAACCAGAGACUAGUGGCUCAGGAUAACUUUGGUUAUGACCUGCCAGCAGUUGAGGCCGCAAAAAAGAAGCAUGAUGCUAUUGAGACCGACAUUGCUGCCUAUGAGGAGCGUGUCCAAGCCCUGGUGAACAUAUCGAAGGAGCUGGAAACUGAGCGUUACCAUGACGCCAAGCGGAUCGACGCGCGGAAAGACAACGUCCUGCGUCUGUGGGACUACUUGCAGGAGCUGCUGAAGGCUCGUAGAGGGCGCCUGGAUAAGAACCUGACCCUGCAGAGGAUCUUCCAGGAGAUGCUGCACAUCAUCAGCUGGAUGGAUGAAAUGAAGGCUCGGCUGCUGUCUCCUGACUUUGGGAAACACUUGUUGGAGGUGGAGGACUUGCUCCAAAAACAUGCGCUGUUAGAAAAUGACAUUGCUCUGCAGGCAGACAGGGUACAAAGCGCCAGUGCUGCCGCUCUGAAGUUUGCCAAUGGAGACAGCUAUAAGCCAUGUGAUCCUCAGGUGAUCCGUGACAGGGUGCAGCAUGUGGACCUGUGUUACCAGGAGCUCUGCGCCCUGGCCGCGCAGCGAAGGGCCCGCUUGGAGCAGUCCCGCCGCUUCUGGAACUUCUUGUGGGAGGCGACGGAGCUGGAGAGCUGGAUCAGGGAGAAGGAGAACAUUUUCUCCUCCCUUGACUAUGGCAAGGACAUGACGAGCGUGCUGGUGCUCCAGAGCAAACACAGCGCCUUCGAGGACGAGCUGGGAGCGCGCCGCGCCAACCUGCAGCAGCUCCUGGCCGAGGGGGAGAGCAUGAUCCGGGCAAAGCACUUCGGCUCGCCAAAGAUUCAAGAGUGCAUGGACGACAUCGAGAGGCAGUGGCAGCAGCUGGAGGAGCUGGCCGCAUUUCGAAAGCAGAACCUGCAGGACACCCAGACGUUCUUCCAGUUCCAGGGAGACGCUGAUGAUCUCAUGGCCUGGCUGCUGGACGCCAAGAGGCAGAUGAGCAGCGACGACGUGGGCCAGGAUGAGUACACCACUCAGAGGCUACUGAAAAAGCACAACAACCUGAAGAAUGAAGCAAUAAAGAACGGAGCAACUAUCGAGGCUCUGUCCAAACAGGCCAACGCGCUGCCGGAGGAGCUCCAAAACACCCCGGAUAUCCAGAGACGUCUGAAAGACAUCAAGGACCUUUACAUGGAGCUCCUGUCUCUGGCUGACGUGAGACAGAAGAAGCUGGACGACGCCAUGUCUCUGUACACCAUCUUCAGUGAGACGGACGCCUGCGAGCUCUGGAUGAGCCAGAAGGAGACGUGGCUGGUGGGCUUGGAGGUGCCUGAGAAGUUGGAGGAUCUGGAAGUAGUACAGAACAGGUUAAGCAUUUUGGCUCAAGAUAUGGCAAAUGUUCAGUCAAGAGUAGAUGACGUCAACAAAGCUGUAAAACAGCUUGAAGACAGCAGACACCCUCGUACCAAAGACAUCAAGGAAUGUCAGGCUCGACUGAAUAAGAGAUGGGAGGCCUUCAAGGCAAUGGUGGAGGAGAAGAAGAGGAGGACAGAUUCAGCUGUUAGUCUGCAAAACUAUGGUUUGGAGUGUGACGAGACGGAGGCCUGGAUCAAAGAGAAGACACGUGUGAUCGAGUCCACGCAGGAGUUGGGCAACGACUUGGCCGCGGUCAUGACCAUCCAGAGGAAACUGUUUGGGAUAGAAAGAGAUAUAGCCGCCAUUGAUGCCAAGCUUACCUUCCUGAGGCAAGAGGCCGACCAGCUUGCCCAGGAUCAUCCGGAGAGCGCAGCGGCUAUCUUGGCUCGCAGAGGAGAGCUGGAAGACGCAUGGGACACGCUUAGAAAGACCCUGAGUGACCGGGAGGAGUCUUUGGGGGAGGUCAGCAAGUUACAGACCUUCCUGCAAGAAAUGGACGACUUCCAGUCCUGGCUUUUCAAGGCUCAGAAAGCGGUGGCCUCCGAGGACAUACCCACCUCCUUACCAGAGGCCGAGGAGCUGCUGAGUCUUCACGACGGCGUGCGCGAGGACAUAAGCAACCACGAGGAGGACUAUCACCGCGUGAGGGACACCGGCGCCCAGGUCACCCAGGGCCAAGAGGACGAUCCUCAGUACCAGCAGCUGGAGCAGAGGCUGAAGGGCUUGGACCGCGGCUGGUUGGAGCUCCAGAAAAUGUGGGACAGUCGCAAGAACUUCCUGGACCAGGGCCUGGGCUUCCAACAGUUCAUGAGAGAUGGCAAAGCUGUCGAGGCCAUCCUCAAUAACCAGGAGUAUACGCUGGCCCACAUAGACAAGCCCGACACCCUGGACGGGGCAGAGAAGGCUCUGAGGAAGCAUGAGGACUUUGUGAGCACCAUGGAGGCCAACGAGGACAAAAUUGAUGGCGCUCUAAAUGGCGGACAACGUCUGGUGGACAGCAACAACCUGUACUCAGGGAAAGUUCAGGACAAAAUGGACUCAAUCAAAGACAGGCGCAGCAGGAAUAAAAGACGAGCCGAGGAGGUGUCUGAAAAGCUCCGAGAUAACCGUGACCUCCAGCACUUCUUGCAAAACACUCAAGAUCUGACUGUAUGGAUCAAUGAGAAGAUGUUAACAGCACAGGACACUUCGUAUGAUGAGGCUCGGAACCUCCACAGCAAGUGGCUCAAACAUCAGGCCUUCAUGGCUGAGCUGGCCUCCAACAAGGACUGGCUAAACAAAGUGGACCAGGAGGGUCAGGAGCUCAUGGAGUCCAAGCCCGAAUUCGAGCCUAUUGUGAAGGAACGUCUGGCCAAGCUCCAUGAGCUGUGGGAAAAACUGGAGUCCACCACUCAGGAGAAGGCUCGGCUGCUGUUUGAUGCCAACCGCUCUGAACUGUUCGACCAGAGCCUGGCUGACAUGAAGAAGUGGCUGAGUGAGCUGCAGCAACAGUUGCAGAGCGGGGAGGAGGAGGAGGUGAAAGACCUGACAAACGCUAACAUCCUGCUAAAGAAGCACCAGACGACAGAGAACCAGGUCCGGGGCCGGGCGCGGGAGCUGGAGGAGCUCCAGGAGGCUGUCAGGAAGCAUGGCGGAGCCAGGGACGACCAGCCGGAGCUGGAGGCCGAGCAGCAGGCCCUGCAGGGCGAGUUCCAGACACUCCUCACACCACUGGCCCAACGCAGGGGCAAACUCGAGGCCGCCAAGGCUGUCCACCAGUUCUACAGAGACAUGGCUGAUGAGCUUCUCUGGAUUGAGGAGAGGAUGCCCCUAGCAAUGUCAAAAGAGCAUGGCAACAAUCUUCAAACUGUUCAAAUGCUGUCAAAAAAGAACCAGACACUGCAGAGAGAGAUUGAGGGACACCAGCCUCGCAUUGACGAAGUGCUGGAGCGAGGAAGGAGGAUGGCCGCGGCUGCUGGCGUGGAGGGCAGGCCGGAGUCAGAGCAAAUCACUGACCAGCUGAAGGAGCUGGACGAGGCGUGGGGCCGGCUGCAGGACGAGAUGGCCAAGCGCCGCGAGAGGCUGAAUGGCUCCAACUUGGUCCAGCAGUAUUACAACGAUGCCGACGAAGCCGAGGCCUGGAUAGGAGAGCAGGAGCUCUACAUGAUUGCGGAUGAAAAAGCCAAGGAUGAACAAAGUGCCAUGCUGAUGCUAAAGCGCCAAAUGAUACUGAAGCAGGCAGUGGACGACUAUGCUGACUCCGUUCAGAAGCUGGCUGACCGCGCUCAAAGGAUGUUUGCAGAGGACCAUCCUGAUGGUGAGGAGAUAAUCAGGCGGCAGGGGCAGGUGGAUAAGCAGUAUGCGGGGCUGAAGGAGUUGGCAGAGGACCGCAGGAAGAAGCUGGACCACACAUAUCACCACUUCCUGCUGAGCCGAGAGGUGGAGGACCUGGAGCAGUGGAUCGCAGAGAGAGACGUUGUGGCCUCUUCUCAGGAGAUGGGUCAAGACCUGGACCACGUCACGAUCUUAAGGGAUAAGUUCCGAGACUUUGCCCGGGACACUGGGAUGAUGGGUCAGGAGCGGGUGGACAUGGUCAACCAGACUAUAGAUGAGCUGAUCGAGUCUGGUCACAGUGAGGCGGCCACCUUGGCAGAGUGGAAAGACAGCAUCAAUGAGAGCUGGGCCGAUCUGCUGGAGCUGAUUGACACUCGUGCUCAACUCCUCACAGCAUCUUACGAGCUGCUCAAGUACUUUGAUGAUGGAAAAGAGCUGGUGGCUCAGAUCCACGAGAAGCAGAACGAGCUACCUGAAGACGUGGGUGAGGACUUCAGCAAAGCAGAAUCCUUCCACAGAAUGCACGCCGCCUUCGAGAGAGACAUCACUGCUCUCGGCAAACAGGUCCAAGAGUUCCAGGACACGGCGUCACGGCUGCAUGCCCAGUAUGCAGGGGAAAGAGCCAACGCUAUCCAGGCCACGGCGAGAGAGGUGAUGGAGGCCUGGAAGGGCUUGCUGGACGCGUCUGACGGCCGCCGGGCGCAGCUAGUGGACACAGCAGAGAAGUUCCGCUUCUUUACCAUGGUGCGAGACCUCAUGGCCUGGAUGGAGAGCAUCAUCCAGCAGAUAGAGACUCAGGAGAAGCCCAGGGAUGUCUCAUCUGUUGAGCUUCUGCAGAAGUACCACCAAGGGAUCCGUUCAGAGAUUGAAGCCAGGGGCGGAAAGUUCAGCGACUGCACGGACCUGGGCAAAGCCCUGCUGACACGCAAACACCGCGACUCUGCUGAGAUCAAAGAGAAGCUGGUGCAGCUGAUGGAGAAGAGGAAGGAAAUGAUGUUUAAGUGGGAUGACAGAUGGGACUGGCUUCGACUCCUGCUGGAGGUGUGUCAGUUUGCACGAGACGCCUCCGUGGCGGAGGCCUGGCUGAUCGCUCAGGAGCCCUAUGUGACCAGCAGAGACCUGGGUCACACCGUGGACGAGGUCGAGAAACUCCUCAAGAGGCACGAGGCCUUUGAGAAAUCCACCGCCACCUGGGAGGAGCGCUUCUCUGCUCUGGAGCGCCUCACCACGCUGGAGCUGUUGGAGCUGAGGAAGCAGCAACAGGACAUGGAGAAGUUCAUCAAAGACGAGCAGCGUUCAGAUAAAGACAGCAGGAAAGAAGACACAGGCUUUGUGGAAGAAUCUUCACAACUCUACACUAUCGAGGAACAAACACUGUCGGGUGCAAUGGAGCCCGUUUCAGGUCCGUUGGAGGGUGACUCCACGGUACCGAUUGAGUCAGAGAUGAGGGGCAGUGCUUCUCUGGAGCUGGAGCCUGAGCCCGCCAUGCCCGCAGAGACCCCACAACAGCCAGACAGGGCUGCCACCAUGCCCUCAGAGCCCCGCAGGAGCCAUGCAGUUCUGCUGGAGGGCAUGCUGGGACGCAAACACGACGUGGAGGGGUCUGGAAAGAAGGCAUCCAACAGGUCAUGGAACAAUUUGUACUGUGUGCUGAAGCCGGGUCAGCUCUCAGCCUAUAAGGAUGCCAAAAGCUUUAGCCAUGGAGUGACAUUUCACGGCGAGGACCCCCUGUCUCUCAAUAAUGCCACUUGGGAGAUCCUCACCAACUACAAAAAGAAGAAGCACGUUGCCAAGCUACGUCUGGGUGACGGCACUGAAUAUUUGUUCCAGUGUAAAGACGAGGAAGAGCUCCAGCGCUGGAGCCAGGCCAUGGAGAAGGCCGUUCAGAGCCUGACCGCGGAGGAGGAGGCGUCGGGGCCCCUGGGGGCCAAAACCCAGAGCCUGCCCGCUCCCUCCUCCUCCUCCUCCGCUGCCCCGCCUGAGCCCAGCUCUGCCAAGAAAGACAAGGAGAAGAAGUUCAGCCGCUUUGCCAAGAAGAAGUGAAAAGAGACGGGGAGACUGUUGGGGAGGUGGCGUUGCCAAGGCAACCCGGAAAGAGAAAGUAGUAUUUGUGUACAAUCAGUCAGAGAGAGCUUUUUAUCACCAGAUUUUUUUUAUAUUAUUUUGUGAGGAUGAACAAAUGCCGUAGUUUAGAUUGAAACUGUCACUAUUUUGCCUGUAUCUAAGCCAGUGUAUUAUUACGAAACUCCCUUUCCCCCCUCUUUGUGUUCUUUUUAACAAAUGCCAACCUCAAAACAUCAAAUUAAAAGCACAGGAAUGCUCCUUUCACACUCAACCAAAGAAUGUUUGUAAAACAUUGUUUUUCCUGUAUUUACGUUGCUUUUCUUUCUUGCCUUGACGCAUGCUUCGAUAUAGCCAUGUACAAUAGAAAUGCCUCCAACGAGCAUGGGGUGACUCAAGAGCACUGGGUGGUACCUUUCAUUACUCUGCCUUAUGAAAUGGUUGUGAACUGUAAUUCUGUGCCACUGGGCUUCAGAGCACUACAUGCUACUUGGAGAACCAGAGGCAAAAGCAAUAUCCAUAAAAUAGCUUUGUAAAUGGCAUGUUAAGUUUAGGUGAUAAGCAAAGAGCAGUGCGCACACACACACACACACACACACGCUCAAAUCUUACCUGCAGUUAUACAAGUUCAGUUCUCUGCACUGGGAGGGGUUUGACUUUUGAUGCCUCGAACUGGUAACUGAAGAAGUUAAAAGCAGUCAUGUGAACCCACAAUCAGUCAGUUCUGAAAACAGAUCCAUCCAGAACCUAUUCUAAACAAAUGAGGCAUUUCUGUGAACUUAUAACAUAUUCAACAUUGUCUAUUAACCUUCAUUAUUUCCUGUUAAUUGGCAUAUAUGCAGUAUACAUACAUAUAUAGAUAUUUACACACAGAUGCAUGGUGAUAUUUUAAGUCAGUUUAAUAUGGUGCUAUUGUAAUAUUUAUGUAAACGUAAAGCAAGACCAACUUGACAUGCCUUAUUUGUCUUUGGCUUGUAGUGGCACAAAACGGGAAUGCGUUUGGCUGAUGUGCAGACACACCAGAGCCGUUUCAUGAAAGAGACUCACAAAUGCAGGUUUGACAGACUCACAGAGUAUCAAGACUUAAUUCAUGAUACUGAAAAUCCGUACCAAUUACCUAUUAUUCCUCCAAAGACUAACAUCAACGGCACAGCUGGUGCCCCGGUGACCACAGUGUCACGGAAAUGAGCUCAACCUCUGCUUUUAAUGUAAUAAAAAAAGGCAUUUUGAUUUUAAUUAGCACCACUAAAGGCCCCACAAGUCUAUUAGGAAUGUGGAGUUCAGGCUCACUUGAGGAAUGGCUUUCUUUUUUGGGAAACAAUUCCUUUAUAGAUGCAAAGCCAGGCUUAAAAGUUUAAUACACGCCUGGAGACUUUAAUCUCUCUUAGGGUAUAGGAGAGAAAAAUAUCACGAUUAUGGAAUAUUUCUCCUUGGUCUGUAGAAGUGACACUGAACAAAUGGUAAAACGAUGCAAAGUACAAUGUAGGGUCAUCUCUUGACUUUUUUGGGCAAUAGUUUUAAACUUUAGAAAAGCUAUGGGUUCAACUUUAAGAGUGCAAACCCAAAGUGAGGAUUCAGUUGUAUUAUCAGAGGUUUGUUCAUAAUGAGAAAUGAUUACUGGUGAAAUUUCUUUUAUCUAUAAUUGAAUCAGGACAAAAGACAUUUGCAAAGGACAGAGAAGAGUUAAAAACACUUUUCAUCUAUUUGAGUAUUCAGAUGAUCAGUGCUUCGUAAUUUUCCCAUCUUUAUAUACUUUUGGUAAACAAACAAACUAAACAAAAUGUGACUUUCUCAAAUAAGCUUGAUUUAACUGUAAACAUAAUUUUAUGAGAGUUCCCUCCACAGCUGAUUUCAUUUACUGAACCAAGUGUUUACAAAAAGACAAUCAAAUGUUGAAAUUGAUUUGUGGCUGAACUCCAAUUUGAUUGAAAAAUAAAUAACUGCAAUCAGAAGUUUUAACAAAGCAGAAAAAGUCAAGGGCAACCAAGAGGUUGUUUGAAUAGAAGCUUUUUUGUUUGUUUUUUCCACCACGUUUUGCACCUGGACCAGACAUGAUCUUUAUUUUCUAGCAGAAUAUGAAUGUAAUAGGACAGCUGGAACCAUAGAACACUAGAUACUGAAACAUUAAAAGCAAUACGUGCAAAGAGUUAACUGGUGGUCAGGGUGGAGGACUUUGUCUCAGAACUACAAUCAAACUACAGUGACCUCAGAGGAACAAUAGCAGCCAUGGAAAUGAAGUGACAAUCUCUGCAGUUUACUUAUACUUACAAAGCAACUACUACAAGCAAAAAAAAUCAUUUGAUACCAAACAUCAGAGCAGAAGUCAUAUUACUCACCACAAUGGUUCGACGGGCUUGCAUCGUGUGUAUUCAGAUUUGUUGUCGGUCACUACAUCUACAGCUCUGACACCUUCAUCCACUUUGUGUCCUCUACUUCUUCCUUCCCUCCCACUUGUGUUGAGAGGUUUUUAAUCUGCAUUUUGUACUCUCUAUCUGUGUAAUAUAUCAGGAAACCAGGAAAAAAAUGCCGACAGGAAAUAUCAUUAUACAUUUUGAGAGAAUAAAGUUUAAAAUCAUACCCUGAGACUUAACAGGUUGGGUUUGUUCAUUUCCCAAUUUUAUGUCCUUUGAGAACUCAUGUCCGUAAUCUGGUCAUUUGCAUUUGUG